AUGGUGGCAAUUGGGCCCUAUGCUGCCGCAAUAGCCGUGUUUCCACAUAUCAUGGGAACAGCGAUAGAGAUCUACUCAGGAUCUGGAUCUCCAUUGACCUCCAUCCCCUGGAACACAAAAGUUGGAAACAUUGCCGGUCUUGGCUGGACAGGACGGUGCGAGCUGGUGGUGGUUCUUCGCCACGGGAAAUACCGUGUGUAUACAGAUUAUGACGGAGAGUUUGAAGAAUUCGAUAUAGGAUCCGAGGUUAUCGAUGUCCGGUUCUGGAAUAACGGGCUUGUGGUGCGCACCAUUGACGGGUUCAGAAGCUUCACUUAUGGCGAUGAUGCUGCCAGCGAGUUUCCGACCGUGGAGGGGUCCAUUGUUGGAUGGGCUAUCAUCCCUCCUGUCUACCACACUCCGUUGAAGAUUGUUAUAUCCACCCAAGACGGGGUCCUGCUGAUGGAUCGGCGCAUACAGGACACAAAAAAAAAUGAGCAGGGGCCGUACAGUCUGAUUUCUGCCUCGCCGAACGGAGACUUUGUGGCACUGUACGGCGACCACAGUGUGCUAAUCGUGACCAGCGACUUUACAACCACUUUGAACGUGUUCAAAUGCGAGUCGGGCGUGCCCUUGCAGCUUGAAUGGUGCGGAAACGAUGCCGUGGUACUGAGCUAUGAGGACGAAUUGCUGUUGAUAGGGCCGUCCGACGAGUCCAUCACCUUCUAUCUGGACUCGCCCGCAAUCUUGCGGCCAGAGGUGGACGGAUUGCUCUACCUGGACAACUCUAACCUGCAAUUUGUCUCCAGAGUCAGCAACUACACGGUCGAGACGUUCAGAAUUGGCUCCACUUCGGCAAGUGCGAUUUUGCUGGAUGCCAUUGAGCAGAUCGACCAGCGGUCACCCAAGGCCAACGAAAACCUGGAAAUCAUAGCAGACGAUCUUGCCGACGCCGUCGACCAUUGCAUCCGCGCCGCGUCCGAGGAGUUCGACCCUUACUGGCAAAAGAAACUUCUGCGAGCAGCUACGUUUGGUAAGACCACUUUGGACAUGUACAACUCCGACGAGUUUGUUGAGACGUGCAACAACCUGCGUAUUCUCAACAUUAUCAGACAACCAGAAAUCGGAAUAUUCCUCACAUACAACCAAUUUAUAGAGCUGGGGCUGGAUAGACUGAUCGAUCUGCUUCUUCUGCGCAAGUUGCACUAUCUGUGUCUGAAAAUAGCAGAUUUCAUGAACUUACCCAAAGACAACGUUUACAUCAACUGGGCGUGUGCCAAGAUUCGCAAAUCAGACCUCGAUAAUGACGAGCUUCUCCAAGAACUGCUCAAGAGACUCCAGGAUAAAACUGUUCCUUUCGCACCGAUCGCACAGGCUGCUUACGUCGAAGGCCGUGCAGACCUGGCUACCAAACUGCUGAGUUUGGAGAAAAAUGUAAGCCUGGCAGUGCCGAUGCUGCUUGAGAUGGACCAGGACAGUUACGCGCUCAACAAGGCAGAAGAAAGCAUGGACACAGACUCCAUUCUAUACAUCCUCGUGACGCUGCUGAACAAGGUUUCCGUGCCGGAUUUGCUAAAAAUGCUCAACGGGAAAAAAAACGCUUCGGGACUUUUCAUUACACAGGUGGCAUCGCGGGAUCUGCAGCUUCUGAACGAUUACUUUUACAAGGAGGAUUCGAUAUUUGGACUGGCAAUGGUUAAUUUGCAGAAACUCGCACAAGAAAGCGACCUUGACAAGCAAAAACAGCUGUUGAACAAAGCUUCUCAAACACUGCAGAGAUCCAAGUACAUGAAAACGGAGUCCAAGUGGCUCAAAGACGAGGCUAAGAACCUUGACAUAAUUGCUCCCAUAGAGUCCGACCUAAAGAUCAAAACGUCUUCGCAUUUGGAGCUCUUGGAAGUGCUACUCAAAGCCGAUUUCAAAAGAGCUGUGAAAUUGCAGAAAGAUCUCAAAAUAUCAGACAAACAGUUCUACUACAAACUGCUCAAGACAUACAUCCAACUUCCAGAAAAAAGACGCGAGCUAUACGACUUUGCAACACAGAAACAGUCGCCUAUAGGCUACGAGCCGUUCUACACAGAGUCUUUGAAAGUUGGCGACAAACGACACGCGUCGCUGUAUCUAGGACAUUGUACAAACAUGCCGUACAAAACGAAAAUUAAAUGCUACCUCAGCUGUGAUGACCACAAAGGCGCGAUCGAAGAGGCUUUCAAGCGGAAGGACGUUGAUAUGAUCAAGCUUAUUAAAGACUUGGCAGACAACACAGUGCACAUCCAUCUGGCAGAUGAUUAUAUCGAACGUCUAACUGGAAGACGCUGA